AUGAAAGAAAUGCAAACAUCUUCGUCGUCGUCAUCAUCAAAGAGUAUUUUGGGUGACAGCACUGCAACAAUUAUUGUUUUGGGAAUGGCAGGAUCCGGCAAGAGUGCUUUUGUUCAGCGUGUGGCAGCACGUUUGCGUCAAGAAAAUAUUUCUCCAUAUUUGAUAAAUCUGGAUCCUGCUGUUACCACAAUUCCGUAUGCUGCAAAUAUCGAUAUUCGAGACACAGUGAAAUACAAGCACGUGAUGAAAGAAUAUCACUUAGGUCCGAAUGGUGCUAUAAUGACUUGCUUAAAUCUUAUAUGCACUAAAUUUGAUCAAAUAGUAGACUUCAUAAAAUCUCGAUCGGGACAGUGUCCUUAUUGCUUGUUAGAUACUCCUGGUCAGAUCGAAGCUUUUACGUGGUCGGCUUCUGGGUCGAUUAUUACCGAUUCAUUAGCUUCUUCAUUUCCAACAUUGGUAGCAUUUAUAAUUGAUUCGGUACGCGUUGCAAACCCGACAACAUUCAUGUCGAAUAUGCUUUAUGCGUGCUCAAUUCUGUACCGUACAAAGCUUCCAUUCAUCGUUGUUUUCAAUAAGGCAGACAUAAUAAAGCCAACAUUUGCAACGAAAUGGAUGAAUGAUUUCGAAAGCUUUCAAGAAGCGUUGGAUCAGAAUUCUACGUCAUAUAUGAACGAUUUAACUAGGUCUUUAAGUCUUGUACUUGAUCAGUUCUACCAAAACUUGGCCACUGUCUCAGUUUCUUCGAUGACUGGUGAAGGAAUCGAUAACUUUUUGAAAUUAGCGCAAGGUUGUGUCAAGCAAUAUUUUGAAGUAUAUCGUCCAAUGUAUGAUCAAUUAUUGAAACAAAAGGCUGAUUUAUUGGCGAAGGAAACAGCGGAAAGUUUAGAGAAGUUAUGCAGUAUGGAAAAAAAAGUUGUUGAUUUUGCACCUAUUUUGGAAACUGCUCCAAAAACUGAGAAAAUACACUUAGGAGGAGUGGACCAAGAAAAUUCAGAAGAUGCUAUGUUAUUGCGAUAA